AUGGCAAGCAGUAAAAGUGGAGUGAACAUGUUGCGUGAUAAUCAAAUUGCUCUGCUGAGGUCCUUCGAGGCAUACAUCGUUGUUUUCGCUUUGCUUGCUCAAGUUGUGCCAGGGUUUACCGAGCAAGAUGAAGAUAUUCCUCACAACGAAGUCAAAAACUGGGCUUUGAAGUUUGGAGUGGACCUCUGGGAGUACGGAAAACUAAUGACCAGAAUGAACGAAUUACAAAGGAAAUACCAUGACGUAGAAAUAGACGUAGUUAGAAAAGAUGGACUGAUACUCAUCAGAGAAAUGGCAGCCGAGGUGAAAAACAUGAUGGACUUCAAAAUGAGCGCAGUGAUGAGGAUUAUGGACUCUGCUGAACAAGCUGCACUGACACCUCGAGCAGACAACGGCCAGCCCUUUCGAUAUUACAACGCCAAGAGACUGAAUGCCUUCGGGCCCGAUGGUAGGCCUGCCGAGGGCACUAGAGAUCUGAUCCUCACACCGAACCCGCAUUUCGAUCACUUACCUGUUAAUACCACCCUCAGUACAAUACUGAUGCCAAACAACGUCAAUGAAGAAGAUCCUGAUGUUAUGAAUGCUAUACAGUGGUCGGAACAUUUAGACCCACUGUACAUCAAUAAUUACGAAGGGGAUCCUUCAUUAUCCUGGCAGUUUUUCGGGAGCUCCACAGGAUUCCUGCGAAGAUAUCCAGGUAUGGCCUGGCCUCCUGAAGACAUGUCUACCGUAUGGCAAAGGCCAAGAAGCAGCAGAAAUAUAUACGAUUUCCGUUCAUCAUCUUGGUACGUGAACGCUGCGACAUCCCCUAAAGACUUAGUAAUCCUAGUGGACAACUCAGGUUCCAUGACGGGACACAGGGCAGCUUUGGCCCGGGUCACAGUCGAAGCAAUUUUGGACACAUUGUCCGAUAACGAUUUUGUGAACAUUUACAAGUUUUCGGACAAAACGGAGGAGACCGUGUCCUGUUUCAGAGACCAGCUUGCUCAGGCGAACAGUGAAAAUAUAAGAUACCUGAAAGAUUCGAUGGGGUCACUGAAACCAGAGAAUAUUGCUAAUUUCACCUCAGCCUUCAUAACAGCAUUCGAAAUCCUCCAAAAAUAUAAUCGGUCCGGACAAGGUUGCCAAUGUAAUCAAGCGAUCAUGCUGAUAACGGACGGUCCACCCGCCACGUACAAGGAAAUUUUCAAAAUGUACAAUUUUCCUCAUGCUCCGGUGAGAGUAUUCACCUACCUCAUUGGAAAAGAUUCUAGCGGUGCCAACGAGAUGCAUUGGAUGGCCUGUGCACAUAAAGGAUACUAUACUCGAAUCCAAGAUUAUGGCCAAAUAAAAGAAAGCGUGUUGCACUACAUCGAAGUAAUGGCCAGACCAAUGGUCAUGUAUCAAAACGAUCAUCCAAUACAAUGGACUCCAGCCUACGUCGGCGGCAGAGCCGACAGUUUCUCUGAUGAUCAACACGGCCAACUAAUGACAACUGUCACCACCCCAGUGUUCGAUCGUCGAAAUCAUUCAGUACGAGUUGCGAAUGUUUUGGGUGUUGUUGGAACAGAUGUGGCGAUUGAUCAAAUAAGAAAAUUGGUUCCACCCUAUAAGUUAGGCGUGAACGGCUAUUCGUUUAUUGUUAAUAACAAUGGCCAUGUUUUAUAUCACCCGGACUUAAGGCCAGUGGAAAACAAUGAUCUGUACGAAGAUACCCUUGAGCCAAAAUAUACUUCGGUCGAUUUGACAGAAGUUGAAUUAGUUGAAAACGAUAAUGGCCCUAGAGAAAAUCACACUUUCCUUCUUGAUCUAAGGCAUGACAUGAUAUUUCAAAAAGAAGGCGAGAUGGAGCUCAAUGUCAAAGUGCAUUAUGACAAUAUGAGACGAGUUACAACAAGAAGAAAUAAAUAUUUUUAUAACCCUAUCGAAGGAACGCCAUUUUCACUGGGACUUGCCAUCCCUGAAGGGUAUGGCAUGUAUGAAUUAUUGGCCGAACAGGAAAUAAAACAUAGUCAGAAAAAUGUUAGCGACUAUUUCAAGGGUGACAAUUGGAGAGUUCAUCCAGACUGGGUUUAUUGUGAGUACACAAGUGGCUCAUCUGGUGAACAGUGGUUCAAAACAGCUGAAGAGAGAGUCAUGCACUUCCUCUCCAGGAGUCGCAGACCAGGAUGGAAAUGGAUGUCCUUGAGGCCUAGAUCACCGCUGCAACGAGAACAUCAUCACAUGUCGACAAAACAAGACAAGGAUGCUUAUUACUGUGAUAAAACAUUGAUACAGUCUUUGGUUCUGGACGCAAUGGUAACAGAAGGUUUAGAAAAACGACCUAUUCGUUCGGACAAUUAGCCCUAUAGGCAACCUUAUGGUACAAUUGCAAAGCCAAGGAUACGAGAUUUUUGGAUCAACAUUAUCAUUCGUUGCGACAAGAAGUGGUCUUCUUCGAUGGACAAAUUUAACCAACGUGAAAUCCAACGAACCACACUUUAGUGAGAGCAAUGUUCGUGCUAUGGACGAAACUUGGUAUAAAAGAGCAGUGGACCAUCACUCAAUUGAACCAGAAAGUUUCGUGUUCUCUGUUCCAUUCGAUGUUGGGGCAUAUGGAAGACCCCUUAUAACUGCAACGCACGCUGUUUUCGUUGAACAUAAAGGUCAUAGGGCUGCAGCAGCUGUAGUGGGGCUGCAGUAUCAGCAUUCAACGCUUGCAUCGCAUUUCUUCAAUAUUACUUCCAAGUGCACCGGCUCUAGCUCAUGUAAAACCUGUGCUAGUGACAAGUUGGACUGUUACGUUCUUGAUAACAAUGGUUUCAUAGUCAUAUCGGAAACUGCUGAGCAUACUGGGAGAUUCUUUGGCCAAAUAGAUGGGACAAUAAUGGACUCUCUAGUGCAAGACAGAAUUUACGUAAAAGUUCCCGUAUACGAUUACCAAGGAGCCUGUUCGAAUAGUAAAUUCCACUACAGUGGAAGCGGUAACAAAAUUGAUUUAAAGAUAUUCGAUCCGGUCAAAAUUUUCUAUAGUUUCAUAUUGAAGAGUUUGAUUGCAUUCAUUUCAAAGAUUGAAAUGAUUUAUGGAACAGCUCUGGCCUACAAUAGAGAUGAAAAUGAUUUGAUAGAUGUGUACUCUGACUACGAAAUAGAACAGUACCCAACCGGCGAGGACAUCAUAGACGAUCACGAGACUCCCCCUUCAAAUACCUACUCCCCAUCUUUCAUUCCUCCUUAUGAGUCAGACCCAAUGGAAGGUAUCGAUAUAGGACAGUUCGGCAUCAGACCGUGCGAUCGAAAAGUGGAUCUUUACAUACUGCAACCCGAAAAGUUGAAUACUAGCGGACAAAGUAAUCCUCUGAAGGGGAAGUUGACGAAUUGCCAUAAUAGUGGCUGCGAAAGGCCUUUCAGUGUACAGAAAAUUCCUCAUAGUAAUUUAAUUCUUCUCGUCGUGGAUACAGUGUGUCCUUGCGGUAGUAAACAACUUAGCAUAAUUCCCCAAGAAGUCAGCUAUGAAUCUAAGAACGGCGGUUGUCUACAUAAACCAAAAGAUAGUUUAUACAGAAGAAGACCACCGAAAUGUAUAAAUUAUCACCCUGAGGAGAUUGAGAUUCACAUUUGUGGAGCAGCGUCCUCGAUGUCUCUUUGCGGCACUGUACUGUUAUUAGGGGUUGUAAAGUGUGUUGUUGCUUUUCUAUCAUGA